CCACACUCGAGCACCUCCUCAUCACAUCCUCUUCCCUACCCCGCAUCCUCUCCUCGCCAAGCAUCUACAAUGGCCGGCUUUGAGCUCAACCUUUCCUCGCACAACGCUCCCGCUGCUGCCGCGGCGACCGAGCGCCAGGCGGCGUCCGCUGCUACCACCACCAACGGGUCUGCGCCGGUGCCAGUGCCCGUGCCCGCCGACGUCGCUAUGGACGGUCCCGCCGAGCGCACCGUGUACUACAACCCACGCCUCGACCCCAAGAACUUCCUCGAGGGCCCGCUUUCGCUCAACCCGUCCACGCGUCUGCGCCAGAUGCUCGCGCGCCCUGGGAUCGUCGUUGCUCCUGGGAUCUGCGACGGCAUCAGCGCGCGCUGCGCCUUGGAGGCCGGCUUCGAUUGUCUGUACCAGAGUGGCGCAGCAACGACUGCUUCGCGCCUUGGACAGCCCGACCUUGCCAUCGCGACCUUGAACGACUUCGUUGGUGCCGCCCAAAUGGUCUGCAGCCUCGACCCCACGACGCCCGUCAUCGCGGACGCCGACACCGGCUUCGGCGGCCCCGCGAACGUCGCCCGCACGGUGCGCGAGUACGUCCGCGCCGGCGUCGCGGCGAUGCACAUCGAGGAUCAGGUGCAGACGAAGCGCUGCGGCCACCUCAUGGGCAAGCAGGUCGUCUCGCGCGAGGAGUUUCUCACGCGCAUCCGCGCCGCGGUCAUCGCGCGCGACUCGAUCCCGGGCGGCUCGGACUUCGUCAUCAUCGGGCGCACGGACUCGGCGCAGGUGCUCGGGAUGGACGAGGCGAUCUACCGGCUGAAGCUCGCGGCCGACGCGGGCGCGGACGUGUGCUUCAUUGAGGGCGUCCGGACGAAGGAGCUGCUCGAGUCGACUGUCAACGCGCUCGCGCCCAAGCCGGUGCUCGUCAACGUCAUCUCCGGCGGCCUCACGCCGUCGUUCACCUGCAGGGAAGCCGAGCAGAUGGGCGCAAAGAUCAUCAUCUUCUCGCUAGUGUCCAGUGUGGCGAUGGUUCACGCUGUGCGCGCCGCGAUGGCGUCUCUCAAGAAGACCGGCACCGACUGGUCGAGCGCGAAGGGCAUGGACCCGAAGGCGUUCUUUGAGGUCAUGGGCCUGAACGAGGUCAUCUCUUUGGAUGCCCGCGCGGGUGGCACGGCCUUCAACGUCGUCUAAGCUUCGUCUUUCUCUUCCUGGGGUCUUGGGGAAUAAGGGAACAUUGGCUACUAUGUAUUCGCAUCUAGGCGCCCUCUUUUUAUUCAUUCUUAUGUAGUUCAAUACUCGACGUACUGCUGUAAGCAUUCAGUGCAAUAUCGAUCCAACAUCCAGCCCUUUGUAAUGUGACCCUACCAUGUAACGGCGUGGGAACAUAAAGUCACGGGAUGGGCACGCUGAGAUUCGCGCGCGCGAC